CCGGAACCAGGAAAAACAUGCGCCCAAUACGUCCAUGGAUCUCGCCGUAAGAUAAAAUGAGACAUCUGCACUCCCCGCUCUUCCGCCACAUUACAGCAACCAACUCGCUCCAUCACAAGCUCUUCAUUGGCCACAGUCUUUGUCACGCCAAGCCAGUGCCCAACCACAUCUGCCAACAAUGGCGGGCUGUGCGCACCACCUUGAAUCAGCACGUUCGGGAUUUGAGCGGGCCCGAGCAGAGGCUGCUGAAUAAACUCUACGCGGGUCUGAUCGGAGGUCAUCGAGCUUCUCUGGCUGAGUCCAUCACGCUGGUGGAGACGCAACAUCCGCGGAAGAAGGAGCUGGCCCAAGUGCUGCUGCAGAGGGUGCUGGCCUACAGGAGGGAGCAGGAGAGCCGCAAUGAUGGGAAGCCGGUGUCCUUUAGAGUAGGUCUCUCGGGCCCUCCGGGAGCGGGAAAGUCGUCGUUCAUCGAAGUGGUGGGCAAGAUGCUGACGGGACGUGGGCAUAAAGUGUCAGUGCUGGCCGUCGACCCGUCCUCCUGCACGACGGGAGGGUCCCUGAUGGGCGACAAGACCCGCAUGACAGAACUCUCCCGUGACAUGAACGCCUUCAUCCGGCCGUCGCCCACGUCGGGAACGCUCGGCGGCGUCACCAGGACGACCAACGAAGCCGUCGUCCUCUGCGAAGGGGCGGGUUACGACGUCGUCCUCGUAGAGACUGUGGGUGUCGGCCAGUCGGAGUUUGCAGUGGCGGACAUGGUUGACAUGUUUGUGUUGCUAAUUCCGCCAGCGGGCGGCGACGAACUGCAGGGCAUCAAGAGGGGCAUCAUCGAGAGGGCCGACCUCGUGGUGGUGACCAAGUCGGACGGCGACCUGGUGGUGCCGGCCAGGAGGAUCCAGGCGGAAUACACCAGCGCUAUGAAGCUGCUCAGGAGGCAGUCCAAGUCCUGGAACCCCAAGGUGGUCCACGCUUCCUCGCACAGCGUUGAGGGCAUCCCGGAGGUCUGGGCGGAGAUGCAGUCGUACCGCCGGGCCGUGUUGGCCAGCGGCGAGCUGCAGGGCCGCCGCCGGGCCCAGCAGAAAGUGUGGAUGUGGACCUUGAUCCAGGAGAACGUCCUCGCCCACUUCCGGCAUCACCCCGCCGUCCGCGAGGCCCUGCCCCGCCUGGAGGAGAGGGUCACCCGCGGGGACAUCUCCCCCGGCCUGGCAUCCGAUCUGCUCCUCAAAGCCUUUCUGUCGUCGUCCUUGUAGUCGGUGGGGGGGAGUGGAGGCCUUCCUCCAGCAGGGGGCGCUCGUGCUAUGAAACUUUUUAAUACUUGACAGCCUAUUCAAAUGGAUAUUUGGAGAGUGAAAAUGAGACAAACAAAGAGAUUUCAAUGGAAAAACAUCUCAAUAACACUCUUAAAAUACACUACUCACAACAAGUUAGGGAUAGGGCAAUUUUUGGGUGACAUUUCUGGAUGAGGCUAAAAUGCAUGAGACCUUUAGGGGUUAUCUUAAAUUUGUCCUCCUGUAAACUUUUGAAUGCACAUGUCCAACUGUUGAAUGUUUCAGUACUUUUUCGCACAACUUGUUGUUCUCUAACAAGGAGCUGAACGGCACAAUUCACAAGCGGCGUUUCAAUCCAUGAACCUUCCAAGCCGGCCUUUCUGUGACUCUUCCGGUGUCUCUGUUGCAGCCUGCUGAUGACACACACAUCAAAUGUUAAGUGGCAUUUUGGUCUCAUGAUGUUCAAAAUUCGACCAGCAAGAUGAAGAGGACUGUUUCAAUACCAAUCCAGUAUAUGAAGAACGGAAAACAGGUUAGCAGACUUCCCGUGUGUGCUGCGACUGUGGCCAUAACUAUUGUUAACUACAGCUUGGUGAGCUGAUGGUUUGAACCCGAACUUGCUAACAUUGUUUUCUUUAUCACUGAUGUAUUUGGGCAAAAGUAGGCUCGGGGAAAGAAAUCAACUAAGCCGACUUCAAAAAUAGGUCGAUGCACAAUUUCUGCUUCCAAGCGCCGGAGCAACCAAAAAAAGAAGUUCCACCCAGAACAAUGUUUGCAACCAAUGUUUCACAUGGACAUUUAUUGCAGAAGGACGCAGCGUUGGGCCUCUGAUGAACUUUGCCAAAAACGACAAAGAAUCGAAAAGUGAUUUUUAAGACUAUUAGAUGUGUAAUGUACAUGACGUAUAUGAGUGAGCUGAAUCAUCUUCCCCCCCCCCCCCCCUCCCAUUUGACCUAAAAUGGUAAUUGCUCAUUCCAAAUACUAACCCUUUAGCAAAUGGGUUUUUUUCGUCUCACAUUCUGUACAGAGUUAAGACCAUACACUCAGUACCAAAAUAUGCAGUUUAAGCCCUCAGAAAUGACAAACAAAAUGCAUGUUGUAGUGCGAGUAGCCCUAUUACAUGGGGCAAGUGCUCGAAAAUAUCUAUAGGAUAAUCGAUUCUUAAAGGAUUCAAUUGUGACAGCUCCACAAAUGUGAUACGCGUAAACACAAAUAGAUGUCCGGCAUAACGAUUUAAUGGAACAUUUCUUGCUGCCAUCAAACAAAAGCGCCUUAGAAUGCACGUUACAACCCACAGGGUUGAUUGGAGUGGACGCUGGUGUAAAUAUUAAUAUUUUCUGAUGAUUGUCAUCAGAUCGUGUUUGAGGCUUGGCAUCAGAGAAUUAUGAAACAUGGGAUCGGUUAUGUAUAUUUUCACAUUGAAUACUUCACAUGAUUGUCUUGUUGCGAUUAAUAAACUGAUUUUCAGAUGAGUGUAAUGCAAUAAUAUAUCUUAAACAGCCAUCAUGCCCCCCAAAAUAAUAACAAAAUGAUGAAGACUGGACAGAUUGUUUUGUUUAUUAUUAUUUGUUAUUUAUUCAUGUUCAUCUUUUUCCCGUUUAUUAUUAUUAUUUUUUGUUUAUUUGAGAGACAGUGAUCCCCACAAUCUAUAUGUGCUAGUUUCCCCAAUGUGCCAAAAAGUUUGUAUCUGAAUUAAAAAAAAUCAACUGUUUAUGGAUUAAACCAUUUUUUUAUCCAGGUAUUUAAACUACCUUCAAUUAGCGUGUAUAAUAUAGAGUUAUAUAGUAUUAUGUCUUUACUAAGUAUAACAUACUAUUUGAUAUCUUAUUAAAUAGUAUAACUACUGUUAUUAUCCUUGCUGACUGGUCGCCAGCCAAUCACAGGCCACAUAUAGACAAACAAACAAACAUUCGAGUCUUGAAGCUACCGUGUAUGUUUUUGAAAUGUGGGAUGAAACUGGAGAACUCGGAGCAAACGCACGCGGGCACAGAGAGAACAUUUGACCCCGUGACCUCUCACCUCAGGCGGAUGUGCAAAUUGUGUAUAACUUUUUAUUGAUUUUGUAUUUUCACAUUUUAUUAUUUUCUUUCUUUUCUUGUCUUGUUUUUCUAUUACUGAUAUAAGAUUGUGAUCUUUUUUCCUGAUGGUAUUAGUUUUCUGCUCUCUAUUUAAACAUUUAAAAAAAAAAAGAAAAAAGAAAGUGAUUUGUAGUUUCCACUGGUUCCAAUGAACUUUCCCAACACUGACAGUAACUGUAAUUCCAUAAUCUGCUCUAUGGUUAUGACAUUAAACACCCUUAACUAUGCAUUAAAACACACUGAACCCCAUUUAGAUCCCCAUAGAAUCAUUGAGAAUAAUACAUAAAUUACUUAGCAGCCAGGCCCUUUCCUGUGCCGCAUUGAGUUCCAUUACCUGAUUUGGUGAAAAUCGUACUACUUUUUGAGGCUCCACUGUAUAUCAUACAUGAAGAAAUUCCUUACAAAUACUGAAGAAUUGCAGAAAAAAAACACCCCCAAAGUUAUUACGGAUUCGAUCCUGGCAGCUCCUUGGCCGUAGCAGUAUUGUAUUUUUGCAAAUAGAGGUCACCCUAUCCCCUCUCAUGCCGAGAUGGAGCCAAAGUCCCAAAUACUGAAGCGGCCAGGUU